GGUCGACUUGUACUAAAUUAAGAAGAUUGGCAAAGCUGCUCACAGAGUCGAAGACAGUGAUGGCGUGCGCAUUUGUUGCUAUCACGACAUUUUUGGUACUCUUAUCUUGUGGUUCAUGUGUUCAUGAGUCCAAGGCUGAUCUUGAUGAUGCGAGAAAUCAGCUUAGGGAGUUGUUACUGCAAGAGAUCAAUGAUGCUAAUGCACAACUCCCUGAGAACACUGUGCGAGAUGGUGAAAAGGACACUUCUACUGAGACUAAUGGAAGGAACCAAGUUCUGGAGCAGUUUACCAAAUUGAUUGAAGGAUUUGCAGACUUUAAAUCAGAGGAGCUUGAAUCACUUGCGGACAAAGAGACAGAGGCUGAUGCAGAAAGCUAUGGAUACAGCACUAGCACUAGACAUGUUUGCAUCCAGUACAUCAAAGUUACAGCAAGAACAGGGUCUGUGAGUGGUGCCGCUCAGCGUUUGAAAUAUGGAGCACCCCCCAAAAUGGUGAUAGGCAUCAACAACUUAGCCCAUGAGGCCACCCUGGAAGGAGACAAGAAUUUAGGUGCUAUGUACACCAUACAGCUAUCUCUGUCCAGCUUUCAACCUUCAAACUCAAUACCGAACUGUCUUACUCAAGAUAUGAUAACAAGUGUCAAGCUGAAAGCAGUGGAUACUGAUGGAUGGUAUAUAAGCAACAUCAAAACUGAAGUAUCUGCCUACUCAAAUGUCGAUUUCACUUUGCUCACGAAAAAUGACAAUUUCAACAAAUGGGUCGAUGGGGACGAAGCAGACUUAUAUAGCUACGAUGCUACACUAGUUCCCCUCACUCUGCACAAUACUAAUCAAGCAGUUUGCAUCAAGUACAUCAAAGUUACAGCAAAAACAGGGUCUGUGAGUGGUGCCGCUCAGCGUUUGAAAUAUGGAGCACCCCCCAAAAUGGUGAUAGGCAUCAACAACUUAGCCCAUGAGGCCACCCUGGAAGGAGACAAGAAUUUAGGUGCUAUGUACACCAUACAGCUAUCUCUGUCUAGCUUUCAACCUUCAAACUCCAUACCGAGCUGUCUUACUCAAGAUAUGAUAACAAGUGUCAAGCUGAAAGCAGUGGAUACUGAUGGAUGGUAUAUAAGCAACAUCAAAACUGAAGUAUCUGCCUACUCAAAUGUCGAUUUCACUUUGCUCACGAAAAAUGACAAUUUCAACAAAUGGGUCGAUGGGGACGAAGCAGACUUAUAUAGCUAUGAUGCUACACUAGUUCCUCUCACUCUGCACAAUACUAAUCAAGCAGUUUGCAUCCAGUACAUCAAAGUUACAGCAAGAACAGGGUCUGUGAGUGGUGCCGCUCAACGUUUGCAAUAUGGAGCAGACCCCAAACUAGUGAUAGCCAUCCACAACAUAGCCCAUGAGGCCACCCUGGAAGGAGACAAGAAUUCAGGCUCUACAUACACCAAGGAGCUAUCUCUGUCCAGCUUUCAACCUUCAAACUCAAUACCGAACUGUCUGACGAAAGAUAUGAUAACAAGUGUCAACCUGAAAGCAGAGGGGAAUGAUGGAUGGUAUAUCAGCAACAUCAAAACUGACGUCUCUGCUCACCACUCCAAAUACAAUUUUAAAUUACUCACAAAAAACGAAAAUUUCAACAAAUGGGUCGAUGGCAACGAAGCAGACAAAUACAACUACGAUGCUAAACUAGUUCCCCUUACUUUGCAAAAACCAAAGGCCAUCAAGGAUACUCCCCGCUGUGGCUAUGGUAUACCAGUUUGCGAGUGUAAAGCAGAUGCUACUCAGUGCAUUUUUAAUUUGGAGAUUGAUGAAAUCAUGACUUUCACAAGCUAUCAGAAGUUUAGAGUUGGACUAAGUGAAGGACUGGCUAUUCGAGGCACGCAAGGAGUAUUGCAUAACAUCGAUGAGAAGUCAGGAAAUGCUGGACCACAUCCAUUUUACAGUGGAAGGCAAUGUGCUAAAUUGGAUAAGGACAAAUGCACCGAUCCGCAGUACGUUGAUGGAAAGACUUAUCGCAUGGCUGUUGGAGUGAAUGGUCAGAUUCCUGGGCCAACGAUCAUUGUUCACCAUGGCCAAGAGGUGGUCAUCCACGUCCACAACAACAUGUCGACUGAAGGUAUAUCAAUCCACUGGCAUGGAGUGCAUCAGAGAGGAACGCCUUGGAUGGACGGAGUGGGACAAGUCACACAGUGUCAGAUCGGCCCUUCUUCUAGCUACUCCUACACUUACAUAGCCAGCCCAUCCGGCUCAUUCUGGUACCAUUCACACAGUGGAGCACAGCGAACAGACGGUUUCUUUGGAGCUCUCAUUGUUAAAGAACGACCAUAUCAGUUGAAAAAAAUCGAGACCCAACUCAAUAUUCAUGGAGUUAGAACAUUUAUCGAUAAUCCUGCCGAGCAUUCGAUCACUCUUCUUGACUGGAAUCAUGAGGCCUCUCUUGAUACAUUCUCACAACUUAAUGCUGGUCUAGGCUUCUACAAAAAUGUGCCUGUGGGGGAAGUACCAAGUGAUAACGAGAUGCGAUAUGAAUCAACUAGAAGUAUUGAACGAGCAGAGGUUGGACCAGUUCCCUUUUACUCGGGCCUCGUCAACGGGAAAGGAAGACACAAUGAUGUACCAUACAGCAAGACAAGGCUCAGCGAAUUCCGAGUCCAAAAAGGCAAUAGAUAUCGAUUCCGAUUGAUCGGUGCUCAAGGGCUUUAUGCGUACAAAUUUUCGAUCGAUGGACAUCGACUAACUGUGGUGGCCACUGAUGGCUAUUGGAUUGAACCUGUGAAAAAUGUUGACUACCUUAUCAUUCAUACUGGCGAACGCUAUGAUUUUAUUCUUGAUGCCAAUCAGGAUGCUAAGAAUUACUGGUUGAGAGCAGAAACAUUGGAAAUAAAUCCGAAAGGUGGUCCACCAUAUCGAUCGCUAGGACACGUAGCUGAGGGAAUACUGCGUUAUGUAAGCACUGACAAAGUUACUCCGAUCAGUUCAACCCAGUAUGAAGAAAUCAAGUUGGGCUCUCCACCUAUACAAUGCUCCUCAAGUCAUAAGUGCAAUGCUGUCAAUUGCCCGUUCAAAGAUUUCCACCCAGCCUAUCAUAUUAAGUGUACGAAUGUUGACAAACUACGGCUCCUUGUAGAAACUGACCAAAAAGAAAUGCCCACUGCUAAUCCAUCACCCAAUUGUCCUGGCUGCCUGCAUUUCAUAAACUUUAACUUUGAGGGAGAUUCCGAAACAAGUUCUGUGAACGGACGCAAUUUUAUUCUUCCCCCUGCCCCACCACAAACACAGUAUGAUGACUACUUAAAACAAGGAAUUCAAUGCGACCUCAAGGCGGAGUGUAACCCUACAAGCCCUGCAUGUAUGUGUACACACAUGAGAGAAGUUCCGUAUGACAAAACAAUACAGUUGGUUCUCACUGCUAUGGGUGCAUAUGACAAUGCCCAUCCAAUUCAUUUGCACGGGCAUACGUUCCAUGUUGUGAAAAUCGGCUACCCAGAUUACGAUAGUAAGACUGGCUUCCUUGAUAAAAAAGAUGGACCUUUGUGUGGUACCGAGCGAGCAAAACUUUCUGUUCACAAUCGUGAUAUUGAAUGUGGAGAUUUGAACUCUUGUGGAAAUAAAUGCCCAAUAAAUGGCUGCAAACCAAACCGUUGCACCAAGCCUGGAUGGAAGAAUGGACGCUCUCCAUCAAUGUCAAUUGACCGUAAAACAAUUCGUAAAGAUACCGUUAUGCUUCCUGCUGGUGGAUAUGCCGUUAUCAACUUCAAGUCCGAUAAUCCGGGACAAUGGUUCCUUCACUGUCACAUUGAGGUGCAUCAACUUGAGGGGAUGGCCCUCAUAAUUAAUGAAGCUCAGGAUAAACAAAAACUCCUCCAGUUGCCAGACAACCUAAACAAGUGUGGAGACUCUAACCUGAGCAUGGAGCAGUACUUGAAGCUUAUGUCGAACUCUCAACGCAAAGUAACUGCAAAAGCCGCCAUUUUUUAAGACUGAUAUACAACAACAUGCAAUUUGAACUCAGAACUCUAUAAUAGUUUUAGAGAGUAAGUUUAAUCGUAUAGUUCAACGAUGUCGUAGCUUUAGAAUUGUGAAUGAUUCUCCUUAUUAAUUUUUAUGC